AGUGCGUCUUAUGGAGCGAAUAUGGAGCGGCCGGUCCGGUAUUUCCACCGCCACGUCAGAAUACCGGGCCGGCCGCUCAGCUCUGCAGCGGAACCUUAUGGAGAUGACUGCUGACCUUUGGGGAGGUGGGGAGCAGGUACCUGAAUAUGACAGGUACCCGCUCUUACUUCCACGGAGUUGUUCUUUGACCUUACCUCUCCCCAAAGGUCAGCAGUCAUCUCCUGUGCUGUCCGCAGUCUCUGGUCAUCCCUGUGCUGUCCGCAGUCUCUGGUCAUCCCUGUGCUGUCCGCAGUCUCUGGUCAUCCCUGUGCUGUCCGCAGUCUCUGGUCAUCCCUGUGCUGUCCGCAGUCUCUGGUCAUCCCUGUACUGUCCGCAGUCUCUGGUCAUCCCCUGUGCUGUCCGCAGUCUCUGGUCAUCUCCUGUACUAUGUCCGCAGUCUCUGGUCAUCUCCUGUACUGUGUCCGCAGUCUCUGGUCAUCUCCUGUACUAUGUCUGCAGU